AAUCACUUUUUGGGAAACUUCCACAAACGUGAACAACCAGCGUUUCUCUCUCUCUCGCUCUCUCUGUACGUGUCGAACUUUGAAAUAUGUGUGGUUCCGUAGAGCUCUUUUUAGUCUUCAUCACUUUCCGUGUGCGUCAUUGCAUUGCUCACUCAUAUAUACUCAUGCUCAUAUAUAUAGGCACUCCAGAUAGAUCAAUUUUGAGGUCGUGGGUUGGAUCGAUAUAUGAUCAGUAGAAUGGCGAAAGCAAUUCGAUUCUUCGAACUCAACACCGGAGCUAAGAUUCCUUCCGUUGGUUUGGGCACCUGGCAAUCUGAUCCUGGACUCGUCGGUGACGCCGUUGCCACCGCCGUUAAGGUGGGAUAUCGACACAUCGAUUGCGCUCAAGCUUACGGCAACGAAAAAGAGAUUGGUUCAGCCCUGAAGAAGUUGUUUGAAGAUGGCGUGGUGCAGCGCAAGGAUAUAUUCAUCACCUCUAAACUCUGGUGUACUAAUCAUGCCCCGGAGGAUGUACAUGAGGCAUUGAAUGGAACUUUGCGAGAUUUACAGCUUGAGUAUCUGGAUCUGUAUCUUAUCCACUGGCCUGUCAGCAUGAAGAAGGGGUCAACUGGAUUUAAGCCUCAGAAUCUAACCCAGCCUGAUAUACCCAGUACAUGGAGGGCAAUGGAGGAGAUCUAUGAUUCUGGAAAGGCUCAUGCUAUUGGUGUGAGCAAUUUCUCUUGUAAGAAACUGGGAGAUUUGUUAGAGAUUGCACGCAUUCCUCCCGCCGUCAACCAGGUGGAAUGCCACCCUGCUUGGCAACAACCACAGCUUCAUGCAUUCUGUGAAUACAAGGGAGUUCACCUCUCGGGGUAUUCACCAUUGGGUAAUCCAGCUACCCUCAAGAGCAAUGUUCUGAAGAAUCCUCUUCUCAAUACAGUUGCACAGAAAUUGGGAAAAUCUCCUGCACAAGUUGCUCUCAGGUGGGGACUGCAAAUGGGUCACAGUGUACUACCAAAGAGCACAAACGAGUCGAGGCUUAAGGAAAACUUGGAUGUUUUUGACUGGUCUAUACCUGAAGACAUGUUUGCCGAGUUCUAUGAGAUCGAGCAGGCAAACGAAGCUAGUAAAAGGUACGGGUUUUGUGCACGAGACUCUUGGCGCCUACAAAAAUGUUGAAGAGCUCUGGGACGGCGAGCUCUGAGUUUGGUCAUUGGGGUGUUUUACUUUGAAUAUUUUAGGAAAACAGUUUUUCCACCUUCUCCCCUUUAAAUUGUCACGUUUUUAAGGCGAUAGUUCAUUGUCAUGUUUCCACGCCCGACUGCCACGAUAGCAUGCGGCAAUUUUGGGCAUUUUAGUUUGAGGCAAGACAUUGUUUGUGUGGUACAGAGACACAUGAAGCUAAAAGACAGAUGGAUCGAUGUUGGGUUUAUUGUUUUAUGUCGUUUCCGAAACUAGUUCCGAGAUUUCCCGUACUAUAAAUGAAGUUGUAAUCUUCGCUAUUCAA